AUGGUGGGGCUCGCAGCGGCUCGCGGGCGGGUGCUGCGGGAAGCGGUGUUCGCGGAUCGCGAUCUGCCUCCCUUCGACCGGGCCGGAGACCGCAUUACCGCCCGGGGCGCCGAAGUGCGGGCCGGAACCAAACUGCUCGAAGCCGGAGGCCGCGUGUCGGCGGCCGCGCUCGGCCUGCUCGCUACCGUCGGCAAGGUGGAGGUCGCGGUCGGCCGGCGGCCGCGCGUCGCGGUCUUCUCCACCGGGGACGAGCUACGGCAUCCGCGCACCGCCACCCCGCGCCCGGCGCAAAUCCGCGACGCCAACAGUCACAUGAUCGCCGCGCGUUGCCGCGGCCUGGGGCUUCCGACCCGGCGGCUCGGUUUUGCACCGGAUGAUCCGCAAAAGCUCGCCGAGACGAUCGCUUCGGGACUCCAAUCCGAUGUGCUCUUCAUCUCCGGCGGGGUGUCCAUGGGGCGCUACGACUACGUCGAACCGGUGCUCGAGGCGGCCGGGGUCCGGCUCCUCGUCACCGCCGUCGCGAUCCGCCCCGGCAAGCCCUUUGUCUUUGGAAUCACCGGGGAAUCCCGGCCAAUUCUGGUGUUCGGGCUUCCGGGAAACCCGGUCUCGGCGCUCACCACCUUCGAAGUCCUGGCGCGUCCGGCGCUCGAAAAGAUGGAAGGGAUCCCCGACCCGCGCUCACCGCGGCCCUCCGUCCGCCUGCUCGCUCCCGUAACCCAGCACGGACCGCGCCGAGCCUUCCUCCCGGCCCGGGUGGGAAUCUCCGAAAACGGCGAGCUGACGGCCCAGCCGAUCCGUUCCCAGGGUUCGGGCGACAUCGCGGCGGUAGCGCUUGCCAACGCCUUCGUGAUCGUGCCCGAGAACGCCGGGACCAUUCCGGCCGGGGAGAGCGUCGCGGCGCACCCGCUUCCGGGCUUUCCUGACGCCGGACCCGGGUGGCAUGAUCCCCGCCGAUGA